CUCAAUAUGUAAUUUUUAAUAAAGAAGCGUGCAAGUUGUUUUGAGAGUUAUAAUAAAUAAAAGUGUGUGUAUUUAACAAAAUGUUAGCAAUUUCCUUCGUGGUACUUACUGUCGCAGUGUCCGAUUCUUAUGGAAUAACUUGGAAUGAUAACUGGGCUCUAGGCUGCGAUUUUCGAGGAAAUGACUUAAAGGAUGUAAAAAUGAGAGGAGAAGAUUGCGGUGGACGAUGUGCUUCUACGCAAGGCUGCACUCACUUCACAUGGACUGACUAUGAUGGAGGAACUUGUUGGAUGAAGAAAAAUUCCGUGUCUAAGAGUGAUGCUUUCGAAAGUACUGACAAAUCGGCUGUGUGUGGAAUUGUAGAAAACAGCGAUCGUGGUUCUUCUAACGAGCAAUGGAACCGAGCAGAUCUCACAAAUUUCGAGUCAUAUCCAGAUCCAAAUAGUGACGAAUGUAUAAAUUACAAUGGUUGCUUAUGGGCUGGGUAUUUUGCAUUUGUGUCGGGAAAGCAAUCAGAAUCUUGGGUUAAAGCCAACAAUAUAAUAGCCAUACAUUCAAAGGAUGCUUCGAAAUAUAAAUUGAAGACAUUAAGACUGAAGCAAGGAAACAAGCAAAUCGAUGCCAAAGUGUAUGACAUGUGCUCAGAUUCUGACUGUAAUGGCUGUUGCACAAAAAAUUCUCGGAACACUGGUUUCCUGAUUGAUAUUGAGAAAUACACAAAACAGCGAUUCGGAUCCGGAAGUGGUAUCGUUGAAUGGAGAUGUCUUGAUUGUUAAAAUUCUUAGUUGAAAUAAAAUGAUUUUUACUGUAAAUGAUGGUCGUAUUUUUCCACUUCCAUAAGCUUAUUGUUAAAAAUGCUA